GAAAGACAGAGAGAGAGAGAGAGAGAGAGAGAGAGAGAGAGAGAGAGAGAGAGAAGAACGUAAAGAAGCUAAGAGAGGCUGAAGGAGAGAAAGAGAGUGACAAACUUCUGCAACAGCGGAGGGGUUUUGGGAUUAAAACAAAAGACAAAUAUAGAAACAAAGGACAAGGACAGACGUUUUGAGAAGUGAUAGAGGACAAUUCAUUUUGCUGCAACAUGCCACUUUGAUUUGUCUUUCUUUCAAAGGAUUAACUGAGAGAAGAUCUGACAUUUGGAAUGUGAACUGUUUUGAGUAAACCAGGAGAGAAAAACAGACGUGGAACCUGCAGCCACCUGAGACCCAGCAGCUCUGAGGACGGGUUGCUCUUGAUUAUUGUCAAAGGAUCGACUUCAUGACAGGUUAAAUUGAGCCUUUUUUUUAUCAUCUCAAAGGCUUUAUCUGAUUCACCUGUCUCUAUCAACUUUUGGAAAAACAAAGUGGUGUAAAGUUGCAGGAGUAGAGUUGACAAACUUCAGUUAGCAUCACAGAAAAAAGAACAGCAAAGCACUUCUGAUAACAACUUUUAGGAGUUACACAUCUUCAAUAAUAGCCCAGUUGCAUCUAUAAGAAGAUCAAGAUCUAUAAGAGCAUCUAUAGCAAAGAUGACCUUCGCGAUGCUGCGCACAGCGCCUCCUGCAGGCCGCUUCUUGUAUGGCGACAUCGCCCUCCUCUCCGAAGACGACGACGAGAAUGGCAGCGAGGGAUCGGGCUCAGAGGAACGUGCCAACAACCCCUCCAACUCCGGCGCUUAUCGCCUGUCCUCCUCGCCAUCUGCCUUUCACAUCAAGAUGAACAGGAAGAGGAAGCUGUGCGCGUCAGGGGUAGACAUGGCGGCCAUGAUAGAGAGGCUCGUGCCCCCGGGCUCUUCUCCCCCCGGUGAGGGUCGCCAGAGGACGGCAGCAAAUGCUCGGGAGAGGGAUCGAACCAAUUCUGUCAACACAGCAUUCACAGCACUGAGGACGCUCAUCCCCACCGAGCCCGCAGACAGGAAGCUGUCCAAGAUUGAGACGCUACGUUUGGCGAGCAGCUACAUCAGCCAUCUGGGGAACGUGCUGCUCCUGGGCGAGGGUCUCCACGACGGACAGCCGUGCCACGCUCCCUCACCGCCGUUCUUUCACGUUAACUCCUCCCCCAGCCGAGGAUCCGACCAAUCAGCUCAGCCGAAGCACAUCUGUACUUUCUGUCUCAGCAACCAGAGAAAAAUGAACAAAGACAGAGACAGGAAGACAGCCAUCAGAAGUUAACACCAAGGACACAAAGCACACAGACAAACUGCUUCACAGCGCUCUAGUUGGUUUUUAAAAUAUCUCCAACUUGAAGACUCAUCAGACGUGUGAGGGAUUCAAAGAUUUUGAAGGAUUUCUUAAGCACUUCCAGGACUUUUGAAGGAACUCCACCAAUCAUUUUUUCUUUUGUCUCUUUUUUUUAUAUCACUCUACAAGAACUUUUUACAGUGUUUCAAAUAUGCUUGAAACACUCCUUUAAAGUUGAAUGGUACUUUUUAAGAGCUUCCCUAUGCUUAUCAAGACCAUGAAGAAUCUACAACAACACGUAUAAGAGACUUUGUACUGUAUCAUUCAAAGAGUCUGAGGAACAUAUGGCACAUGAAAGACAUAUUUUUAGUCAAACAAACCUGUGUGUUAUUGAUGUGUAAACUGAAAUAUAAAUGUAUAUUUAUGUGAUAUAACAUUAUAUAUUGAUAAUAUGUAAUUUAACCAGCAGUCAUGGCAAAAUAAGAAAGGUAAAACUGUGCAAAAACCAACUCAUGGCUCAAUCAAAAAAAAGCAUGCUGGAACUGGUGUGGUAUUGGCUUAUCUUUGACAAUCACUUCCUGAAAAUGUCAUGAUGCUGGGAAAUAACUAAAGAUGACCAAUAAAUGUUUUGUAUAUCUGGGA